UUGCUUUUAUAAAACCCUUCUUCUUGACCAAGUUAGACGUCCCCGAAGUCGGAUCGGAAUCGAGAAGCUUUCUCCAGAAGCCAGGGCAGCUUGGCGAUCUUUCUCUCUUUUACAAUUCUGCAAUCCUGAAUUGCCCGAAAUUCCUUGCGACAGUCUUUGACCUCCUACAUACCUCACUUACAGGUCGCCUACUCUCCAUUAUCUCCCCGACAUUCGAUCGAUCGACCUACCUCGAACUUUCCUUCGCGACUUAGACCCUAGUGUAGUCCCAGACUCGAUCCUAUACUUACGAAACCUACCCCUCCAACACAAUCACGCAACCAACCAACCAACCCACGAACAACCACCACAAUGACGCGCGACCAAUCAUCCCCUAUCCCCAUAACCAUCAUAACUGGCUUCCUCGGCUCCGGCAAAACCACCCUCAUUCUGAACCUCCUCCCCCAGCUCCGCGCCGCCAACCCCUCCUACCGCCUCGCCCUCCUCAAGAACGAAUUCGGCGAUCUGGCCGUCGACUCCCAGCUCGCCUCCUCCUCGGCCAUCGCCGGCGUCUCCGAGCUUCUGAACGGUUGCAUCUGCUGCAACCUCGUCGGUCAGCUCUCGGUUGCCCUUUCCGAGCUCCAGUCCACCGUUCGGCCGGACCGAAUCGUCAUUGAGACCUCGGGCUCUGCGUUCCCUGCUACGCUGGCGCUCGAAGUCAACCGGCUGGCUAGAGAGACAGGGGGCCAGUAUGUGCUGGAUGGCGUGGUGAGCGUGAUUGAUGUGGAGAAUUGGAAGGGGUAUGAGGAUACUAGUUAUACGGCGCGGAUUCAGGCGCGGUAUACGGAUUUGAUUGUGUUUAACAAGUGGGAAGGGGCGGGGGAGAGGAGGUUUGAUGAGGUUUUGGAUAGGGUGGGGGAUUUGGAGGUGGACACGGCGUGGGUGAAGAGUGAUAAGGGGUGGGUGGACAUGUCGGUGGUGUUUGGGAUUGAUGGAGGGUUGGCGAGGGGUCUUACGGAAGAGGAUGGGCAUGUUCAUGAUGACAAGUGUGGACAUGACGAUAAGCAUAAGCAUGAUCAUCAGACGGAGGUGGAGGUGUUGAGCAUUGAGCUUAAGAGUGGCAACAGAGAAGCGACGGUGGAUGUGGCGAAGCUGUUGGCUUUCUUGAGGAAAACGAGCAAGGAUGAGGUGUACAGGAUCAAGGCCGUGUUGGCGGUUUCUGCGAAAACUGCGCGGGAGGUGCUGAAGAAUUCGGAUGAGGAUACCACGGUUUCAGCACCACCUACGUCCACGGGAAGCGAAGCCCAAACGACGAGGUAUAUCCUCAACUGGGCGUUCGGAAGGUGGACGUUCACACCUGUUGCGGCUGAAGUCAAGGAGCACGAAUCCAGCAGUGAGGCGAUACUGAGGAUGACCAUGAUUCUGGCCAGGUAUGAGAGCACCAAGUGGAAGAAGAGACUGGAGGCUGGUGGGUUGUUGGAGCUUGAAGAGGAGAAUGGGAAGGGUGAGUUGAGUGUUACCAAGGUCAACUAGAGAGCGGCACGUUUGAUAGACGAGGAGCUAUGGGUUAUGGCUGAACGAGCAAUAAAAUUUCGAUAUAGAAUAGAGGGCACCUGAUGGGAGCAAAUAGAAGUAGACGUCCCAAAGACAUAUUGACAAACCUCUUGAAAAAUC